AUGUCGUUCAUCACACCGUCCCCACCAGUAUCUCUCCUAGGUAGACAUCGCAUCCUCAGUCCAACAGCAGCCGUUCGCGUCUCACCUCUCUGCCUCGGCGGCAUGAACUUUGGCGAAGCUUGGAAGGCUACUCUCGGCGAAUGUAGCAAAGAGACGGCUUUUGCUAUGCUCGAUUACUUCUAUGAGCAAGGCGGCAAUUUCAUCGAUACCGCUGUCAAUUACCAGUUUGGUGAAAGCGAACAGUGGAUUGGCGAAUGGAUGGAGAAGAGAGAGGUCAGAGACGAGAUGAUACUUGCGACAAAGUUCACUGGUAUGCAGAUCACCGAGAAGGAGAAGGAAGGUGGCACAAGGUGCAAGAGUAAUUACGGAGGCAAUAGCGCGAAGAACAUGUACACGAGCAUUGAGCGGUCGCUAAAGGCGCUGAGAACGAGCUAUGUGGAUAUCUAUUACGUCCACCUCUGGGACUCGACAGUGUCCAUACCAGAGCUGAUGAAUGCGCUCAACGAUCUCGUCACCUCCCGCAAAGUUCUCUACCUCGGCAUCUCUGAUACUCCAGCCUGGAUUGUUGUAAAAGCAAAUUGCUACGCCCGCCAACACGGCCUCCGUCAAUUCUCAAUCUACCAAGGUCGCUGGUCCGCCGCUGACCGUUCAUUCGAGCGUGAGAUCAUCCCAAUGGCACUCGAUGAAGGUAUGGCUUUGGCUCCUUGGGGCACUAUCGGAGGUGGAAGCUUCAAGACGAGGGCGCAAAGAGCAACUCCUGAAGACGGCGGCCGGAAAAUGAAGAUGAUGAUUGUUGGCAACGAAGAGAAGGUCAGCAACGUGCUCGAGGACAUUGCAAAUGCGAAAACACCAGUGCCGCCAAUUACUUCAGUCGCGCUCGCAUACGUCAUGCACAAGUCACCCUACGUCUUCCCUAUCGUCGGUGGCCGCAAAGUUUCGCAUCUCGAAGGCAAUAUCCAUGCUCUUGGUCUAAGUCUGACAUCAGAAGAGAUCGAGCAGAUUGAUGCAGCUUAUGGGUUCGAAAUGGGAUUUCCGCAGAAUUUCCUCAAUCCAGCUAAUUCGGCAAUCGUGGGUCCAGAGAACAAUCGGUUUGCGAACAACAUGGGGUUUCUUGAUCAUGUCAAGUCCCUGAAGCCGAUUCCGCCGCAUCAGGGGGCGUUGGAUGGGAAGCAAUUGUGA